ACAGCAGUUGUAACAUAAACAAUCAUGAUAAAAAUGAAUAAAAUUAUUACAAGUGAAAAUGCUAAGUAGCAUACCCGACUCCAAUGUGCAUGGCGAUCAAAAUUCAGGCUGGAUCGGAAUCCCUGGUGCGAUGGCUGAGCGUGAACGGCGAGGGUUGGGGGCUCGGCCCCACGGCGGUGUUCGCCAGCGCCGCUGCCCUCUACCUGUACCAGGAGCUGGAGACAGCCGUCGGCAGGGACUCGCUGUUGCAGAGGACUCUGCUGUCCACCAUGGUGCUGGGCAUGCUAGCGCUGAUGGUCCACCUGUGGGUCUGCGCCAUGCGGUUCUUCCAGUACUACCUCGAUACCGUUAUUAAAGACAGCCCCGCCAUGCUCCUCGAGGUGACUAAAGCGAGCCUCCUCGGCGACCGCUCUGAGCUGGUGCCCCUGGGCUCCCUCACCCGCUUCGUCCGCCAGCAGCAGCCCCAGAUCCACGUCACCCUGUGCUGGUUCAUCGCGCUCUGCUACGCCGACUACGUCCGCAAGCGAUGCUGCCAGCGGUUCACCCUGCCGUAUUUGGAGGAGUGGCAGGCGGCGCUGCAAGUGCAGGUGGUUCGUGGGGUCCAGGGUGCGGUGCGGCAGGUCAACAGCUUCGUGGACGCCGUAAACUCUCGAAUCCGCACCUGCGCACCUCCACCCCCAGCGUGCACUCUAGUGGACGAAGCAACGAGAUCGAGUUGCAGAUCUUGCGCAACAGCCACAAGCAUACCGUGCGCAAACGAAGCGGCCACAACCGCGAGCGAAGCGGCCACGGCUUUCAAAAGAAGAGCAGCAGCCAAGAUCUUCGAUGGAAGCGAAGCAACCGAAGCGGCCAGGCUCGAACGUGCAGUGACCAGUAAAACUAACCUCAUUAUUGAAAACCUUCGCACGUAUAUAGCGCUGGUGGAGUGGCUGAAGUGCGACGAGAGCAAUGUGUCUGUCGUCCCCACUGUGCUGUGGGCGGUGGGGGCGGCGGCGCUGGCGCACCGUCUCAUGGCCGCCAUGUUCAAACGGUUCAUCUUCCGCCGUGUGCCGCUGUGGGAGAUACUGCUGCAGCACAUGAUCUACGUAUGGAUGCUGAUCUACUCCCUCCACUUCUGGGCGGGUCUGGUGCACAUUAUCAAGUACCUGGUGGAAGUGACGUACAAAACUGACGGUAUGAUAUCGCCAGAGGACGUAAGCGGAUGCCGCACGGCACAGCAGACACUGGUCUGGCUGAGCAGCGCGACGCCGCUGAUGCUGCAUGUGUGCACGCGCCAUACCGCACAACCGCCGGUGGUUAUGGUCUGGGUAACCCAGAACCCCCUGUACCGUCAGGAGCUGGGCCCGUUUGAGUAUUACCUCAGCCGGCCGCCCCCGCCCCCCACCACGCGUCGCCAGCGCCCCCUGCGACGAGCCUACAGCGACGCCACUGAACUCCAUAUAGAGAUGAAGAAACGACGCGCUUCUAAAUCUAUAUGAUUAUAAAUACUAAAGAU